AUGAGCUUUGAAAACAACUUUAACGAGGAAGAAGAAGAGAUUUUAAAAGCGACUGUAAAGCUCUCGUUCGCGGCGCAAUGUCAACACGCUCACUGGAAAGUCCGAUCGAGAGCGUACGAAUCGAUGGUGUCGUCGUCGUCUUUCGAUGAUGAUUUUGCCAAAGACGGAAAGAAGGAAACGAAUACCAACGACUACGAGAAGAAUUUCGAAAUCAUCGACUAUUUUAAAGAAGCGAUGCAUAAAAUCGUCUCCGAGACGAACGCGAACGCCUUAGACGUGGCUUUAGAGAGAACGAAUCAAAGGUUGAGGAAGAUGAUCGAUCGCGAGUUAGUCUCGUUUUUGUUCACGUCGUCGUCGUCAUCGAAAAGCGAGGGUGGUGUGAAAGAAUUCGCGGAAGACGUUGGGGCGAAAGUGUUGCCAGCGCUGGUCUCGAAAGCGUUCUUCGGGAGACCGAAAGCGGUGAGUUUUGCCACGGAAACGUUUUGCUUGUUCGUGGAGAUGGAACAAUCGGAGUUAGCGAUCGAGGUGUUAUCGAAAGCGAGCGGGCAUAAGGUACCGAAAGUCGCUUUGGCAGCGAGUAAGUGUUUAGCGCUCGCGUGCGAACAGUUCGGGUGCGGGAAGAGAGGCGCGUUGAACUGGAUGAAGUGUUUAGACGGAGCCAAAGAAGCCAUCGGGCAUCGAGACGAAAAGGUGAGAAAUGAAGGGAAGAGAGUUAUCGUGGAGUGCGCGAAAUGGGUCGGAGAUCAAGUCGUGAUGGAGAAGAUGAAAGACAAGUUGUCGAAAACGAUGAAAGGCGAGGUGGAGGCGUCGUUGGCGAAGGAGACGGCGGACGGGAAAGAAAGAGGUUCGAUGAAAGCGACGAGGUUUUUGAUUUCGUUGCAAAAAGAGAUGAGAACGAAAAAGACGACAACGUCUACGUCUGAAGGUAGUAAAGAAGAUAGUGUUACCGAAAAGGUAGAAGCGGUGGCAGGUGCAGACGACUUGAACGAAGAUCCGUACGAUUCCGCGGAGCCGUUCUCGGUGCUCAAAGCAUUGGACAAACCAUCCACGGACGAAGAUAUUCCAAAAUUUUGGGAAGCCGUGGUAUCUUCGAAUUGGCGACACCGCUUACACGCGCUGAAGCAACUCACCGACGCGUGCUCUUCGUCCGCGCGUUUACAAAAAGAAGAGUUCAUGGAGCUUCAAAAAGUGCUCAAGAAAGUCAUCUCGAAAGACGCCAACGCGAAUUGCGUCGCGGAGGCGUCGAAAUCGAUCGAAAAGUUAUGUUUGAACGCGAGAGCGGAUUUUAGUAAAGACGCAAAAAUGCUGCUCAGUGCUUUACUGGAUAAAUUAAAAGAUAAGAACGCAUUCGUGACGAGUGCGAUUGCGAACACGUUGGAUGCCAUUUCAUUGCGAUGUUUCGCAUUUUGCGACUCGCCAGAAGACGUGGUAAAAUACGGAUUGCAACACAAAGUCGGCAAAGCGAAAUUAGAAACUUUGAAAUGGUUGACGCGAUCGAGCGCGUCGUUUUCAUUGCAGGAGGCGAAGAAGACGAUUAGUGCGAGCGAAUUAGUUGCGACAGUGGUUAAACUUUUAGAGGAUAAAGAUCCGGAAACGAGGAAGGCUUCGCAGGAGUUUCUCGGCACGCUCGCGGGGAGAGCCGGCGGGAUGAAAACACUUUCCUCGCAACAUCUCGCCGGAGUGGACGAUAGUAAAAUGAAAAAAAUGAACGAGAUAUGCGCAAAGAUUACGCCAGCGCUGCCAUCUGCGAAUUCGACGGCGCCAACGAAAGCUGGUGCUGGAGAGAAUGUCGCAGCGGCUCCAAAGAGAAAACAAGAGCGAAGCGAUAGAAAAAACGCAAGCACGAGCAGUAGCAGCGGCAACAACAUCAACAAGAAAAAUAACAAUAACAACACUGGCUGCUGCGCCGCCGAUUUGAGUUUGAAAAUUACGGACGCCUUACUCCGCGAUACCGCGGAUGGUAACUGGAAGCGUCGAUCCGCCGCGCUCGACAAGUUGAAAUCUAUUCUCGACUCAGCGCCGAGUAACAUCGAAGUCUUUGGACUCGACGCGCUUUUUUCAGCUUUGCGAGCGAGAUUUACGGACUCUAACGCCAACUUAGCAUCUCAAGCGUUACAACUUGCCGGACAAUUCGCGUUGAAGUGUGGGGAAAACGUCGAGAAAGUUGGACGAUUGGUGUUGAGCGAUUGCGCGAAACACGUCGGCGACUCCAAGAGAUUUGUCAGAGAAGCUGCGUUUUCUUUGAUCUCCGAUUGGGGCGUCGCCGUUGGUGAAGCUGUAGUUUUAGAACAGUUUGCAAAUAAAUUCGUCGAGCUCGCGACUUCCUCGUCGAAUUCUUCUUCCGUUGGCACUUUGUGUGCGGAUGGUAAACGCGAGGCUAUGGACUUUUGCCGCGAAACGAUAGAGGCUAUUGAAAAGAACGCCGCCACGGCCAAAGCGGCGGACGAUAUCGCGCUUCUCUUACAACCUGCCAUGGCGUUUGCCGCGGUUGGCUUUAAGGACAAAUCGAGCGACGUUCGCGUAGCAGCUUCGAAUCUCUUUGAAACUGCCAUGAAAAUGGAACGCACGAUAGAUGCGGCGAGUAGUUCUAGUAAUAGCACGACCAGCAGUAGUAUAAAGAAGAAGCGCACGGUGACUCGCGAAGACGCGCUGAAAGCCAUUGAGAAAUUACCGCACGGUUUGUGUUCGGCUAUUGACGCGAGAAUUAACAAGGAAUUUCCCAUUGAUUUUACCAGCAAUGGUGCUAUUACUACAUCGAGCGCGAUGAAGAAACCGGCAGCGCUCAAUAUCCCGGAAAAUUAUAAAAAUCUGGGCACCGUCGAGAAAGUAUUCGUGCCUCCGUCCGCCCAGAAGCCGACGGAAAAGUUCGCCGAAAGAAAAAGUAUUUUGGACGACGACAACAUGGACGUGGACAAUCUCGAGGUUAUGUUUGAUAAUGCGGUCAAAGAAAACGUCUCUCGAAGUUCCAGUGGAGACUUUUUUCAAAUGUGUGACUUGAAACAACUCAACGUUGACGGCGGGAAGGACCUCGAACCGCCAGUCACGCCACCGGCGAGACCUUCUAUUUGGGACCAAGCGCUCGCGAGAGCCACGGCAGACGAAGACGACGAGUGUGUGGAAGGUUUAAAAGCGUUGUGUCACGAAAUGAACGCGCACGCCAUGUCGGACGCGUUUAAACACGAGAUUUCUGGAACUAUCGGACCUUUACUCAUGUUUUUAUCUGACGAGCUGCCGAUUUUCUUUGAAAACGCGGUGAAAGCGAAGAAAAAAUGCGAGAAGCACAAAAAGAGUAAAACGAACAAGAAGAUCGAGGAAGAGCGAGAGGAGUACGAAACGUUACUGCGUGGCUGUAAGUACGCGUUGAUGACUAUGCACGCGGUCUUGAAAGAGUCCAUCUUAGCGAACGGCGCUUCGGAAGCAACGACCAGAAACGUCCUCGCCUCUGUGCUCUCGCAGUUGGUUUUGGCCAUGGAUAAUAGUUCAAGCAUAUCUUCUUUUGAAUCAACUACAACUGUUUUGGAAUCUUCGGAUUAUUUGAAUGCGCUCAACGCGCUCGCAGAGAAAGCCAUGGAAAACUUUUCCAAGACGAAUUCUAUGGUCAGUUUGAUCAAGUUGUUAUCCGGGGAAGGCGUCCCGGAUUUCUCUUCGUUGGGCGACGCUAACGCGGCGACAACGACUACAACUGCGCAUCAUCUGAGCAAGAAGAACGCUAAUGCCGAAAAUACCGAAGCAAAAGUAGCUUUGUUUGAAACUUUAGUCGCGAAAUGUCUCGUCAAACUCGCGUUUCAGCUCGAAGAGCUCGUGGAAUCCGGCAUCAACGUCGCCUCAAUUUUCUCCGCGGUGCACGAAUUUUACUCCUUCAAAGGCGAAGAGUUCAUUCUCGAGGGUGAACGCGACGACGAGUACGGGAACAAGAACAUUCGAAUCGUUCGCGCGGUGGUUCACGAGGUAUGCAAACUCAUCGGUCCGUCCGCGGAAAAGUACGCCAAGUUAGCUUUGACUGGUAUGAACGUAAAAAUACCAGAGUUGGAGAGCGAGUCGGAUCAACUUCCUUCGUUGUUGCGACAGGUUCGCGCGAGUUUGAAAAUCCUUUCCGGAGAGGAUGAAAUCGAAUCGAAAGUUCGAGAGGAACUGUCGGGCAUUUUCGCAAAAAUCGGCGACAAGGACACGACCGUCCAAGGUCUCGAACAACUGUACGAUUUCACCAAGUGCGAGGAGAAAAUUUCUCGAGUCGACGUGAACGAACACUUGCGACAGACGAGUUCGGCGUUCCAAGCGUACGUGAACAGAGGUUUGGCGAAAGUUGAGAACAGUCGAAAGAAGAAGCUGUUGUCUGUUUCGUCUUCUACUCCUUCCGCCGCUAUCUCUGAAAAGGAAAACGGUGGAAGCUCUUUUGCUUUUCGCGAGACGCCGAGGAACUUUGGGAGCAGUUUCGCUUCACAAGGUAAAAGUACCGGCGGUUCCGCUUCGAAAGGAUUCAAGCUUUCCCCGAGAGACGUGAACAUCGCAGCAACAACAACAACAACAGCUCCUGCUGCUGAGAAAUCACCGGUUGCGAAAGCGAAAUCUGCGGCGGAAGAGUUUCGGGAGCGCAUGAAUGCGUUGACGAAGCGUAAAGCAACGAACUAA